UAAUCUCUAAAUGCUGGGAAACGGUUCUGGGUUGAGGCAGUUUUUGGCUCGGUGCCGCCGCGAGUAUAUAAGGGCGACACACGCUGGCGAGGGCCACUGAGUUCCCGACUGCCGGCAGGUCGACACCACCAGCUGCUCCCCACACUCGCCAUGUGCCGCCAACUCCUGACAGCUCUUGUGGUGGGCGUGAUACUUGUGGGCGCGCUGGAGAUGGGCGGCGCGGAGGCCAAGCCAGACCCCACCCAACUGGCCGCCAUGGCUGACGCCCUCAAGUACCUUCAAGAACUGGACAAGUACUACUCUCAGGUGUCUCGACCCAGCCCCCGCUCGGCCCCUGGACCCGCCUCGCAGAUUCAAGCGUUGGAAAAGACCCUUAAGUUCCUACAGUUGCAGGAGCUGGGCAAAAUGUACUCACACAUGGCCCGACCGCGGUUUGGAAAGCGCAGCGAGAUGGUGCUGCCCCCUGGCGACGCCCUGGUGAGUCUUCGUAGCCCACAGAUGGAGGCAAGUGAGAGGCUCCUGGAAACGCUGGCCAGGAGGCGGUGAGCGGCGCGAAGUCUACGCCACGUCUACUCCACAGCCUGAUGUCAUUACUCCACCUGCACCGCCGCCGCCGCCACCACUCCUUAACCCUCCCCCCUCCUCCACCUACUCCUCACAUAUUGUAACUCCUCUCUAUUAGCAGGGUGCAAACAUAGCCCAGUCAGUCUUCGAGCUGGUCAAUAUUAGUAAACAAAAAGCAUGUACUCGCAUUUCUUUAUGAUUCCACUCCUAUAGUUAUUCCUCCUACUCCUCCACCUUCUUCGCACACAUUACAUAACUCCCUUUAUUGGCAGGGUGCAAACAUAGCCCAUGCAGUCAGUCUUCGAGCUGGGAAAUAUUAGUAAACAAAAAGCAUGUAUUCCCCUGUAUGGUUUCUUUAUAUCGAGUACACAUGACUUCACUACCACGUAUUCCUUCUCUCCUACACACUAAACUCGCCCCCUUCCUCUUCCCCAUUCUCCUUCGCAUAUGCCAUUUGAUUCGAGUUCUCGUUUCCGUGUUUCCACUUUACUUUCCCUUCACCUCAACCACCAUCUCUCUCUUCCCGACCUCCUCCUACUUUCUUACACACUAAACUCGCCCCCUUUUCCUUCCACUUCUCUCCAUUCUCCUUCGCGCAUGUUAUUUGGAUUUGUGUUCUUGUUUUCAUAUUUCCACUUGCCUUUCCCUUCACCUCAACCACCAUCUCUCUCUUCCCGACCUUCUCCUACUUCCUUACACACUAAACUCGCCCCCUUUUCCUUCCACUUCUCCUUCGCGCAUACUAUAUGAUCCGAGUUCUUGUUUCCGUGUUUCCACUUGCCUUUCCCUUCACCUCAACCACCAUCCCUCUCUUCCCGAUUCAUGUUCUCCUCUCUCUCUCGUCUCUCCUUACUGGUUUUUUUGUUAUUGUUGUUUGUUUCGAUGAACUUGACUUCUUAACGUAUCAGUCAGACUACAUGUCCUUUGUCAGCUAAAUAUAUGUAUGAUUUGACUCCCUCGCUAAUAAUGCUCUUUAAGUAUGUUUGCUCUUUCCUCUGAUUUGUUUGCUCCUCACUCGUCUCAGCAUUAUAUUAUUUGCUCUCUCUCUCUCUCUCUCUCUCUUACCUUCUCAUUUUUUGGGUGCUAUGUUAUGCCCUACCAGGACACUUUCCACGUCUGUUUUUUCUUUGUAUUGUGUACUAUUUGUUCCUUCCUUUUUCCUCUGUACCUUUUUUUAUCUUUUGGUGCUAUGUAAUGCCCUACACAAGACACCUUCCACACCUGGCGCACCCGUUAUAACAGUAGUAUUAAGGCGUCGCUGGGAUGCCCUGCCCUGCACACACCCUAAACCCUUCACUCUCCCUUCCUCACGUCCUUACCCCGCCACACUUUCCCACCUCCGGGUCACAUGCAUUCCUUAGCCAACCUUCCCGGGAGGACACGACGGAAGAAACCCUUAGCUGUGUGACGUGCCAGUUGCUCAGAGUCUCAACCAACUACCAGGAAAAGACGGGACGAAACGAGUGAGAGAUCCAGCCCCGACCGACCAUCUGAGGCAACGCCCACCACACACGCCUCCCUGUAGCAGCAAGAGCAGCCCUGCAGUUCAUCUCUCCUCCCUCCUCCCGCGCAUAUACAGUGUAAUUGUGACACCCAGGAGAAUAAACAAUGCACUUAGUGUAUUAAAUGUACCACAGCA